AUGCUUGAACUUCCCUCCAUAAAGCGAGUCAAAAGCUUUUUAAAAAAUUAUACUUCAGAACCUCAUUUAGCUGGCACAGAAACGGAUAAGAAGCAAGCAAUAUGGACUCGUGAAAAAUGGAAUGAAUUCGGCAUCCCAGACACAAAAAUUGAAACCUACUAUCCAUUGCUUAACUACCCAAUUUCUCGAAGAUUAGCCAUUGUUUCAGGUCCAGAAUAUCUUCGUUAUAAUGCCACAAUGGAAGAAGCGAUAGUAGAUGAGGAUAACGAUACCAUUAACCCCAAUAUUGUCCCUUUAUUUCACGGUUACUCGAAGAAUGGGACAGCGAAAGGUCCUGUCAUUUAUGCAAACUAUGGUCGUUUGGAAGAUUUCCAGUUUCUUGUUGAUCAAGGUGUGCAAGUUGAGGGUACUAUUGCUUUGGUUCGUUAUGGUGGUACGCUUCGAGGGUUAAAGGUUCGAGCUGCUGAGCAAUACGGUUGUGUGGGCGUUUUGAUCUAUUCUGAUCCCAUUGAUGAUGGACCUAUCGAUAAAGACAGUACUUUAAACCCUCCUGAAUCCUACCCUGAAGGCCCUUGGCGAUCUGCUCGUUCAGCUCAGCGAGGCUCGGUUGAGUAUUUACCCUUAAAUGUAGGUGAUCCAUUAACACCAGGUAUACCCGCCCUUGAGAAUGCCACUCGUAUUCCUAUGGAAGAGUCGAAUGCAUUACCGAAAAUUCCCUCGUUGCCAUUGUCUUGGCAUGACGCUUUACCAUUAUUGAGAGCUACGCAAGAUCAUGGUGUAUUUGGUGAAUUUGACUGGCGUGGAGGAUUGGAAAAUGUUGAUUAUUUCAGUGGGCCAAGUGAAGGGUUAGUUGAGAUGGAAAAUAUUGUCGCUUAUAAUGUAACCCCUAUAUGGAACGUCAUCGGUAGAAUUGAAGGCUCUAUGGAACCUCAUCGAGCUAUUAUCCUUGGCAAUCACCGUGAUGCUUGGGUGUAUGGCGCUGUCGACCCUUCAUCGGGAUCAGCUGUUUUGAUGGAAAUUGCUCGUGUCUUGGGACAAAUGCUACAAAUAGGUUGGAGACCCAAACGCACCAUUAUUCUUGCUUCUUGGGAUGCUGAGGAGUAUGGGUUAAUUGGAUCCACAGAAUGGGUAGAAGAUCACAAAGAAUGGUUGGAACAGGAAGGUGCUGUGUAUGUCAAUUGUGAUGCAGGCAUUUCCGGUCCUUAUUUCAAAGCGGGCGCCUCACCUUCCUUGAAUCAGCUUUUAUACGAAGUGACGAGUAUGGUAAUGGAUCCGUCGACAGGCAAAUCUGUUUAUGAGGCUUGGGGUGAGCAUACGAAUAAAACUGGUAUCCCUUCUCCUCGUCCGUUUGUCGACAUCUUGGGCUCGGGCUCUGAUUUUACAGCCUUCUUAGAUCAUUUGGGGAUUGCUAGUAUAGAUAUCGGCUUUGAAGGCGAUUAUGGUGUGUACCACAGUAUUUACGAUGAUUUUCACUGGAUGGAAAAGUUUGGUGAUCCGGAUUUCACAUACCACCAAGCGAUGGUGAAGAUAUGGGGCUUAUUAGCCUUACGUUUAGCAGAUGAUCUUAUUCUUCCUUUGCAUCCGUCCGAUUACGCUGUUGAACUUACCAAAUACGUCCAUCAACUCUAUAUUCAUUCUGCACCUCACACUUAUCCCACACUUAAAAAAUCGGUCAACGCUUUGGUCAAAGCCGCUUCUAGUUUCGAAGAAAGUUGGGUACAAAUUCAACAAAAACUCACUCGAUUUAACGGUGAGGAUAGCCCUCAAAUCCCGGCUAAAUGGUCCAAGCGUAUUGAAAAGAUGAAUGAUAGGUUGACCGCAUUUGAAAAAGGAUUGAUUGAUCCCCAGGGCAUCAAGGGACGUGAAUGGUUUAAGCACGUGGUUUAUGCUCCGGGUUUAUGGACGGGUUAUGCAGGUCAAACUUUCCCAGCUGUUGCUGAAGCAUUUGAUGCUAAAGAUAUGCAUUUAACUCGUCAUGCGGAGAACAGAGCAGCGAAGGCAAUUCAAAAGGCUCAAGCGGCUCUUUUAUAA